AUGGACUUCGCCGACGUUCAUCCUGACUGCGAAGUCAUCGGUGUAGAUCUCAGUCCCAUUCAGCCUUCCAUGGUCCCAUCAAACUGCCACUUUGUCAUUGACGAUGUCACAGACGAAUGGACCUACCCGAGGAACCAUUUCGACUUCAUCCACAUGCGGUGUCUAAUGGGCAGCAUCUCCGACUGGCCAGCAUUGUAUCGACACAUCUACACCCACCUGAAGCCCGGCGGCCGGCUUCAACACCUGGAUAUGAACAUCCAGUUCACAUCCGACGAUGGGACAGUCGGCUCUGGUCACAUUAUGGAUGAGUGGAGCAAAGUCUUCAUCGAUUGUGGCGAGCGGAUUGGCAAGACUUUUGAGAUCGCAGACAAGUCUGAGGAAUGGAUCCGGGAGGCUGGGUUUGAGGAUGUGAAUGUGAGGUGGUAUAAGGUGCCGGUGGGGAAGUGGCCGAAGGAUAAGACGAUGAAGGAGGUGGGGAUCUGUAAUUUCCAUUAUUGUUAUGAGGGCGCGGAGGGCUGGGCGCUUUAUUUGUUGACGAAGGUGCUUGGGUGGAAGGUGGAGGAAGCGCAAGUGUUUAUCGCGAGGUUUAGGAAUGCGUUGAGGGACGGGAAGAACCAUGGGUAUUAUCGCAUAUGUGUUGUGUGGGCACGGAAACCACUGGUUGCGUGGGCAUCAUGA